AUAAAAAAAUGGCGUCCAAGUAAUAGACGCUGAUUGGAAGUAAUCCAAAAUAUAAAAAAUUUUUUUUUGUGUUGAUUUGUGUUGAGCAAUUGACACAUAAAUAUAUAAUUUGUGUAUUUUGUUUUAUUUUUUUUUAUAAAUUUGACAUUUAUAAUGAGUAAUUUAUCACCAUUUGGUGGUGGUAAAAAUCCACCUUGGGUACGAAAUACAGGCCAAGGAAUACAAAAUAUUCAACAACAAAUGUUGGGCCAAAUGGGUAAUAUUGGUGGUCAACCAAUGGUACAAUAUCAACAACAAACCCAACAAGUUUAUCAACAAGGAUUGGGUUUACAACAGCCAAAUAUAACAAUGGCAUCAAUGGCAUCACUUGGACAAAAUUUAUCAUCUGGUAUUGCUGGACAAUUAUAUCCACAAGUUGCAACAGUAUCAUAUCCAACACCAAGAAGUCUUAAUACAAAUGCAUUUCAACAAUCAGUUAAUAGUAGUGUACAACAACAAGUACAACAAAAUGUACAAUCAUCAUCAACAAAACAAAGAGUAUUUACUGGUACAAUAACAAAAGUACAUGAUAGUUUUGGAUUUGUUGAUGAAGAUGUAUUUUUUCAAACUAGUGCUUGUGUAAAAGGAUCAAAUCCAGUUGUUGGUGAUCGUGUACUUGUUGAAGCAUCUUAUAAUCCAUCAAUGCCAUUUAAAUGGAAUGCAACAAGAAUACAAGUAUUACCAAUGGCUAAUAGUGGUGGUGGUGGAGGAGGUAGUGGUAAUAAUAAUAGUAAUCAACAAAAUUUACAACAAUCAAAUCGUCAACAACAGCAACAACAACAACAACAACAGCAGCAACAGCAACAGCAGCAACAACAACAGCAACCACAACAAUCAAAUCGUUCAUCUGGUGUAUAUAAUGCUGUACCACCACCAAAUGAUAAUCCAAAUAAUAGAUUUUCAAAUGUAUCAUCAAAUUCAACAAGUAAUAGAAGUAAAAUAUCACGUGUUAGAGAACGUUCACCACGUGAUCGUAGAAAUGAUGAUGAUGAAAUUGAAAGAAAAAGACGUCGUGAAGAAAGAUUAAGAGAACGUGAAAAAAAAGAAGAACGUAGUCCAUCAAGAACAAGAAGAAGUAAAUCACCAAGACCACGUCGUCGUAUUAGAGUUGUACCACGUUAUAUGGUACAAAUACCAAAGAUUGCUCUUGAUUUACCAGAAGCAGAUGUAUUAGAAGUUAGAAGACGUUAUCAAAAUAUGUACAUUCCUAGUGAUUUUUUUUCAACAAAUUUUCGAUGGGUUGAUGCAUUUCCACCUCAUAUGCCAUUUACAUUAAAUAAACCAUGUAGUUUUCAUGUUAUGCAUAAAGAUAUUGAUUCAUGUGUUGAAAAUACUGCUGUAUUAGAACCACCAGAUGCUGAUUAUUUAUUUUCAGCAAAAGUAAUGCUUAUGUCAAUGCCUGCUAUGGAAGAAAUAUAUAAAAGAUGUUGUGGAGUUACUGAAGAUAAAGAUUCUGAUCGUGAUUAUGUACAUCCAACAAGAUUAAUUAAUUUUCUUGUUGGUUUAAGAGGAAAAAAUGAAACAAUGGCUAUUGGUGGUCCAUGGAGUCCAUCUUUAGAUGGACAAAAUCCAGAAAAAGAUCCAUCUGUAUUAAUUAAAACAGCUAUUAGAACUUGCAAGGCUUUAACUGGCAUUGAUUUAUCACACUGUACUCAAUGGUAUCGAUUCUUGGAGCUCUACUACAGACGUACUGAAACAACUCACAAAUCAGGCAGAGUGGUACCUUCUCGUGUUGAAACGGUCAUACUAUUUCUCCCAGAUGUAUGGAGCUGUGUACCAACAAAAUUGGAAUGGGAUGGUCUUCAUAUCAGCUAUAAAAAACAACUGGAUCGUAAGCUGAUACGUUCAUCAUCAACAAAUUCCGAAGAUGUGGAUGCUGUUGUUGCUGAUAAUGAUGAUGCUGCUGCUGCUGUCAUUGAUCAAAAGGAUGAAACAACACCAGAGAAAAAAGAUCCAACACACUACUCUGAAUUGGAUCCAAAAACGAUGAAUGUUAAUGAUCUACGUCAAGAAUUAGCUGCAAGAAAUUUAAUUUCAAAGAGUCUUCUUAAACCACAGCUAACUGCACGUCUUGCUAAAUGCAUUAAAUCAGAACAAGCUAAAGAAGAAGGACGUAUAGAAGAAAUUGAUGAUACAGAAGAAGAAAUAACACCAAUUUCUAUAACAACAACAACAACAACAACAUCUAGCAAAGAAGAUAUAAAAGAUAUAAAAGAAGAAAAAAAAAGUAGAGAUGCUGAUGAUGAUAAAAAAAAAAAUAAUGAACGUGAACGUAUUAUGCUAGAAAAACGUUAUACAUUACCAGAAACAUCACAUAUUAUUGUGCAUCCAUCACGUGUUGCUAAAAGUGGAAAAUUCGAUUGUACUGUUAUGUCAUUAAGUGUAUUACUUGAUUAUCGUCCAGAAGACACCAAAGAACAUUCAUUUGAAGUAUCAUUAUUUGCUGAAUUAUUUAAUGAAAUGUUAAUGCGUGAUUUUGGCUUUAGAAUAUAUACAUCAUUAUCAAAUUUACCAGAAAAAAUAAAAGAAAAAGAUGAUGAUAAUAAAAAAAAAAGUAAUGAUGAUGAUAGAAGACGUGAUGAUAAAAAAGAUGAUAAUAAACGUAAAGAUGAUGAUAAUAAUACUAAAAAAAUAAAUAAAAAAGAUGAUAAUAAUAAAAAAAAAGAUAAUAAAAAAGAUGAUAAAGAUUGUAAAAAUAAAAAUGAUGAUAAAGAUAAACAUGAUGAUAAUGAUGAUUAUGAUGAAGAUGAAGAUACAGAAGAUGAUGAUUCAACAAAAGAUGAUAAAAAAGAUAAAGAUAAUAAUAAUAAGGAUAAAGAUUCUUCUUCAUCAUCGAAAAAAAAAAAAAUUAAAUUAUAUACAUAUGAUCCAUAUUUAUUAUUGUCAUUUGUUUAUUUUGAUCAAACACAUUGUGGUUAUAUAUUUGAUAAAGAUAUUGAAGAACUUAUUUAUACACUUGGUCUUAAUUUAUCAAGAGCACAAGUACGUAAAUUAGUACAAAAAGUUGUAACACGUGAUUCAUUACAUUAUCGUAAAUUAACUGAUAAAUCAAAAGACGAUGAUAGCAAAGAUAAAGAUGAUAAUAAAAAAGCUAAUAAAGAUGAUGAUGAUAUUGAUGAUGUUGAUGAAAUAAAUAAAUAUAAUAAUGAAGAAGAAGCAUUACGUACAUUAGCAUUGGGUAAUAAAAAAUUAUUACCAGUAUUUGUAUCAAGUGGACCAGCAUCAAAACGUGCACGUGGUGAUAAUAUUAUUAAUCAAGAUACUGAAACAAUACCAGAAGGUUUUAUUAUGUUUAAAGGUUCAUUGGUUGAUGUUGAAAAACUUGUUUGUCAAUUAAAACGUUCAGAAAAAGCACGUAUUGAUACUGAAGCUAAAAUGAUGGAAAUACAACAUGAAUUAACAAGUGUUAGUGAUAAAUCACAUAAACAAUCUAGUACAAUUAAAGAUAUAACUGAUGAUUUAAAAAGUUAUAAAGAUAAACUUAGAAGUACUGAAGAAAAACUCAAGAAAACUUCGAACGAGUGCUAUUCUUACUUGAGUACCUUGAAAAAUAUUUAUCAUACAGCAUCAAAAGUCAUUCCAAAUGACACAAAAAAAGUUGAAAUUGUUGAAAUACAAGAUGAAAAACAAAGUGAAAUAAAUGGUUCACAAAUUGAAUUUAAGUCAAAGAGUGAUUCAAGAUGGAGCGAUAAUAAAAGUUCUAUUAAAAAAGAACCAAUAGAUAUUGAUAAAAAACAUGAUACUAAAAGUUCAAUCAAGAAAGAGUCAAUAGAUAGUGAUAAAGAAAAAAAAUAAUUAAUUAAAUUAAUUCUUUCUUUCUUUCUUUUUUUAUUGGAAAAAUUAUUAUUUAUAUGAAAAUAAGCAUAAUUUCGUGAUAGUAUCAAAAAAAUCAGUGUUUUAUUAUUACGUGAAUAUGAAAUCCACGUAUAUAUGCAAUUAAUUAUUGUUUGUUUAAUUUUUUUUUUUUCAAAAAUAUCAAAUUUCACUUGAUAUUAAUAUACUACAUUUAUGAAAUUUAACAAUUAUAUAAUUAUAAUAUAAUAUUGAAUGACAAAAAACAAAUAAAUAACGUAUUGUAAUACAAUUUUUUUUUUUGUUUUUUAUAAAUUCGCUCAUUAUUAAAAAAAAGUUAAAUAAUUAAAUAAUAAACUAAGUAGAUAAUAAUUAUAAUUAUCAAUAAUUUAUCUUGAUUUUUUUUUUUUUUUUCUCUUUUUUCAUAUUAUAGUGUAAUCGAUUUUUUUUUACAAAAAAUAUUCACUGUAACACCAGUAAGUAGUGUGCGUUAAAAAAACAAAAAUUUUUUUUGUUAAAUUCAAUUAUAAAUAAAAGAAAAAAAAAGUACAAUUAAAUUUCCAUAAACCAAAAAUAAAUAAAUAAAUAAAUAAAACAUUUGUAAAUGGGAAUGUGCGAAUAAAUUUACUAUAGAAAAAAAAUAAUUAUUAUACUUCAAUCGAUUAUGAAAAAAAAAAGUCAUUUUUAAAAAUUAUCUUGAUCAUUUGUAAAUUCAAAAUUUUGAUAUAAUCUUUAUUAAUUUUGAAUUUUCUUAUGGAAUUUUUUCUAUCAUUUAACUCUUUUGUUACAAUUAAAUGAAAAAAAAAAAAAACAA